CUUUAGAAUUUAUCUUUCGCCCAUUUUGGUCUUUAUGGAGAAUUGGCAUCAUUUUGGAGGGGAUGUUGGGUCAGAGCGUAGCGCGAUCGCAUCCUCUCUGGCGGCUUUCUCCAAAUCACCAUGACAACAAUUUUGCACUGGUGAAGAAUUUGAUACCAGGGUGCUUGGAGACUGAUUGGGGUGCAUUGUGGCUGGCCUGGGGUCGCUGAUUGGUUCAAGGAAAGGACCAGAACUACAAGGAGUUUAUAUUCAUUCAACUUGUUGAAGUACCCCCAGUCUGGAGUGAAGCUGGUUGGCUUGAACUGAUUCUGGAUUAACCAGAGCAAGAUCACUGCAACACGUUUUAAAGCAUGGACUAAAUGAAAUCGACUUGUUAAACAUGGCAAACGCUGACAGUGAAGUCAAGACGUUGCUGAAUUUUGUGAAUCUGGCAUCCAGUGACAUCAAAGCUGCCCUGGAUAAGUCCGCUCCAUGCAGGCGCUCCGUGGAUCACAGGAAAUAUCUACAAAAGCAGCUAAAGCGCUUCUCACAAAAAUACUCCAGAGUUCCAAGAUGCCACGCGCACAAAUCCGCAGACCACAGGUGCCUCAAGCCACCGGGAACAGCCGCGCAGGAGACGGCCUCGCAUGCGCAAGAUGUUGAGAACGUUGGGAUCGAAGUGGAGCAGGUGCCCAUGAGGGAACGCCAACUACCGGCCUCCUUCUGGGAGGAACCCAGACAGACUAAAGCUAAGAGGGACAAAACGGGUUUGGGUUUGAAAAAAAGCGCCAUUGGAUCAUCUGACGGCAGCAAAAACGAAAUGAGGAAAGCGGCUCUGGACGACGGCGCAAACGCCUCAUCCAGUCGGCGCAACUCUGCGGAUAAAGAGGUUCUGAAACUGGAUGUGACUUCUCACCACUUUGUGAGUGUGUGCGGCUGCUGCCCGCUCCAGUACCACGGACACCACGUCCUCCACAGCCACAUCGUUGUUCCCCACCCGCCUCUGUGGAGCAAGGCAGCAGCGGGGACAGAGUCAGAGCAUCCCUUUGGACCGAGGAUUCACACGCACGUGGUGGUCAAACCCAUACCGACCAAGCCCACCCCCCAGUCACCAAUCUUCAGCGUGUUUGGAUUCAUUUAAUCAACCUGGAUCCAUCAUAAUUAUGUAAAGAAGACUUAUUUUUUUACAUUUUGGAGUUUCUCACGCACUUAUUGGAAUCCUGCAUCUUUUAAAAUUCAAUUGCUGGCUCAAUAAACCCAAGAGCUUCAGUUUUAUGCCAGUUUCAUGUCACACAACAAACUGACAGUAAGUUCAAAAGCUCCUUGACAGUUCUAUUUUAGGAGCAAAACGUCAUCCAAACAGCUGCCACCUUUCCUCUUUUAACUCAGUGAUGUUUCAUAUCUGCUUUUGACAAAAUGCCUUCUAUUUUCAAAUAAACGAUUCCUCUUUUCUAA